UCGCACUGAUGGACACUCCUUCAUUAAAAUGAUUUUAACAUUUUAAAAAAGAUAUCGAAUUAGUGAUAGUGCUGACUGAUUGAGCGACGCACAGUUGUAAACAAUCGAUCUCCCCACAUUAACUGCGCCACCGCCAUACAUCACCUUCAACCACCACUGCGCCGGAAACCGCUAACACCAGCACCUGCGCGAGCUAAUGGCGGCGGCGGCGUCGGCCAGUUUCUUCAGCAUAACGCCGUCAUCAUCUUCAUCAUUUCUAUUUUCCAAUCGAACUCCAUUUCUCUGUCCGACUUCAUUCCCCGCUACUUCGCUCCCCCAAUUCAAGAGAAGAGUUCCGGUGCUAGGGCACGUGUUGGUUCAGGUGAAUUGCGUGUCGGAACGUAGCAAGCAGGCUGCUGAAUCGGAGCCUGAAACUGCUCCAUCGCCUUCGUCGGAAUCUCCAUCUUCUUCUGCUGCUGCCGCUGCCGAUGACGACGAUGCGGACGUUUCGGCUUAUAAAUGGAUUGCUGCUCUCGGAGGAAUUGGAUUGAUGGAGACGGCGUAUUUGACUUACCUUAAACUCACGAAUUCCGACGCUUUUUGCCCCACUGGUGGAGGCUCGUGCACCACCAUCCUCACCAGUGAUUACUCUUCUGUUUUUGGUGUUCCUCUGCCAUUGUUUGGCAUGCUAGCAUAUGGUUUAGUUGCAAACCUUGGCUUACAAUUGGGUAGGGAGAAAAGGAAAUUUGAUACUGGAAAAUCUAAUGACGAGAUCAUCUUAGUUGGAAUAACUACCUCUAUGGCAGUUGCUAGUGCAUAUUUCUUGUACAUUCUGAGCACUGAGUUUGCUGGAGAGUCAUGUUUAUAUUGUUUGGCAUCUGCAACAUUGUCCUUCAGCUUAUUCUUCAUAACGAUAAAGAGGUUUGGACUGCAAGAACUUCAAAAAUUAUUCGGCUUACAGCUAUCUGUAGCUAGCUUGGUGGUUAUUGUGUUGACUGCAUCUUAUAAUACUGCCCAACCAGGUUCAUCAAGCAUGUUGGAGACUGAAAUACCUUACUUUGAAACUGAGAUCACGAAAGAGUCAAGUCCUUUUGCUAUUGCUCUGGCAAAACAUUUACAUUCAAUUGGAGCAAAACUAUACGGGGCAUUCUGGUGUUCACACUGUCUUGAUCAGAAAGAGUUUUUUGGGAGGGAAGCAGCAAAAAUAUUGGAUUAUGUGGAGUGCUUCCCUGAUGGUGUAAAUAAAGGAACUAAAAUGGCCCAGGCCUGUGUAGAUGCAAAACUUGAAGGAUUUCCAACCUGGAUAAUAGACGGUCAGGUUUUGAGUGGGGAAAAGCAAUUGUCAGAGCUUGCUACAAUAUCUGGAUUUGGACUUGAAGAUAAGGCUGAGACAAAAUAGGAUAAAUGAAGAGCAUGGGUGUAAAGAUGGAUAACAGUGUAAAGCGGGACUUGCAUUGUUUGGAUGCGAUUACCAAAGAGAUCUUCCGCUUCUUCCUAUGUGCCGGGACUUGCAUCGUUUUGAUGCGAUUACCAAAGAGAUCUUCCGCUUCUUCCUAUGCGCCGACGUGAAACCCAGUACAUUGAGUUGUUAGGGAUGUGACUUGAGGCUAUCGUUUUCAGGAUCACGUUCUCCACUCUUAAUGAGAGUAUGAACAAUAUUUAUGAUGUAUUGCGCUUUUAGGUGACAUGAAUAUAUGUAUUGUGUUAUGCAGAUGGCUCGAAUAAUCAUAUGUUAUAAAGCUGAUAUUACAUGGAGUAAUUGUAAAACGAAUAAUUUUGCAGAUCCAAAGUAGUUGCAGCAAUUAGGCAAUUCUGUUA